AUGGGGGCCAUUGGUUUUACAGGACCCUUUUGGAUUUAUUUUAAAAGGGCCGCCGAUAAAAAAACCUUCCGUAGUGUUGCCGUUUUUUUGGUUAGGGCAGUUAUUUUAUUGAUUUUUGCCGCUUUUGGUAAUAUAGGGUCCAUCAAAAAAAGUAAAAUUCUUUUGUUAAAAUUUUCAAUUAUAAAUAUAAUUAUGUUAUUAUUUGGAAUUGCACAAAUUAUUGUUACAAAUGUUGUUGAUUGUGAAAAUGAUCCAGAUAAUAGUUUUUCAUUCCUUUGUUCAAAUUCAGAAGGUGCAUAUUAUGCUCCAAUGAUCCUUUUAUUAGCUGUUAAUUUGUGUGGCGCUGUUUUUGGUUUAAUCUUAAGAUAUGUAAUUGUUCAUGACACAAAAGGAAACUAUUAUUAA